AGUCCCCCUUCCUCUGCUCAAAUACACAUUCACUGUCCUGCAGACACACGCACGCAAACACACAUACACAAGUCACACACAUUCACUCAGCGCCAGACGCGUUCUGCAAACAGCCCGCCUGCCGCUUCUUGCACUACUUUCCUCUCCAAGAGCGCACAAGAACAACUGUUGGAUGCAACUGAACGCAUUUUUAAAAAAAACUUUGCUUCAAAGCUGUUAACAAAAGUGGUACUACUUCACAGGUUUUUCCUCGCUUUCCUCGGUGACAUCUGAGGUGACAACUUUUUUUUUUGGUUGUUGGAAUUUUGUCCUCAGUAUCGGAGCUAAUGGGUGAAUAAACUGGGUAAUUGCAUGUGAAACUCCCGAGGCGCGCAACUGGAUUAAAAUCAGCAUUUGAUGAGCAAAAAUGAAUAAUUCCGUGAAAUAAUUUCACUCCUCCGGACCAGAGGAUUUCAAGCAAUAAUCUCAGUGCAGCUUCUCCUCUUGUGAGUGAAGAUGUAUCGGAGUGUCUGUGUGCCGGCGGCAUCGCUGUCCCUCCUGGUGUUGAUCCUCGUGGUGCCCGGGGGCCGGUCCUGUCCCAGGAGCUGUAACUGCUACCAGGCCAACGAAGUCCACUGUACCUUCCGCUCACUGCUCACUGUUCCUCCUGGCCUGCCUGCACACACACGCCGCAUAAACUUAGGAUUUAACAGCAUCAGCAGGCUCCAUGACACAUCUUUUGCUGGACUGAAGAAGGUGGAGCUUCUGAUGCUCCACAGCAAUGACCUCCAUCAUCUUCCAGAGGAAGCAUUCAGAGAUAUGAAGUCACUGCAGAUACUAAAGCUAAGCUAUAACAAGCUGAGAGAGAUCUCUUCAUCUCUGACCUUUUCUGGCUUGACCUCACUGCUGCGCCUGUACUUGGAUCACAAUCUCCUCCAACACAUCCACCCCCGGGCCCUGCUCCAGCUGCCUAGCCUCAGGCUACUACGUCUGCAAGGGAACAGGCUGCAUCAGCUACAUCCUCACACUUUGUGCACACUGUCCCUGCUGAAUACAUAUUACUUUUCUACACUCAGACAUCUAGACCUCUCCAAUAACAGUCUAAGUACUUUGCCCAAAGACACCUUAUCAACAGCACCUCUGCUGGAGACUCUUGUGCUGCAGGCUAAUCCAUGGAGUUGCGACUGUAGGAUGAACUGGCUGCUCACUUGGAGUCUGGCUCACCCAGGCUUAAUGAAAUGUCCCGGUGGCUCUCAGUGUCCAGUCUGUGACUCGCCCAAUUCACUUCAAGGGCACGGCUUGCUUGAGCAGACUGCCUUAUUGUGCAGCUCACCCGUCAUCCGCUCCACAGGAAAAGAAACACAUCUGGAGACAGAGCCAAGUGAAAUCCUAACAAGUGAAACUUUCAGAGAGCCUUUGGGCAGUGUCUCUCUGGGUCUGUCAGACCAGCAAGGAAACAGUGUGGAUCUGAGUUGCAACAUCACUCAUUCUUCUGACUCCCAGGAUAUUGCUCCUCUUCCAGAUCUCUCCCUGGCCUCCUCUGCUCCUCUCCCCCUUGCUCUGUCACUCAUUCUGGAGUGCCCUUUGGAGAGACAAAGCUAUGAGAAACUUUGGAGGAUUCUGGCUUAUUACAGUGAGACUGCGGUUCGCCUCGAGAGGGAGAUCAUGCUGAGUAAAGCCCCGGCGUUGGCCUACCGCUAUAGGCAGGCCCCGGAAACAGAUGGAUAUUACCACACUGGAGUCAGAGCUUCGGUUAAAGCCAGGCCACAUUGGUUAUUACAGACGGCCAUUAGUAUUCAGCUAAACAGAGCACAGUCUAAUGGACAUAAAGUUCAACUUAUAUACUCAACAAGAGUUUCUGCUCAUCCUGACGCUUCCUCUCAUGUCUCAUCAUCCUCUGCUGCUUCUCACCGAUGGGUACUGAUGUCUACUAAUCAUACUACCACAGCACUGGCAGCAGUAACAGGCAGUAAGGUAGAGCUAUCCUGCCCUCUUCUCAGUUCUGGCAACCCCAAAGUACAGUGGAUUCUCCCAGAUGGAUCCAAGCUUAUCCCACCCUCCAGCAGUCCAGAUGGCCGGCUGCGGGCCUCAGCUACUGGUUUGCUUCUACAGAAAGUACAACUCUUAGACGCUGGGAUUUACUACUGUGUUGCCUGGGCUGGAAAGGAUGUAGAUGUUCUCCCCCUACACCUGGCAGUGGAGGGGUCAUCUGUUCCACCUUCAGGAGAGGAAGUAGAACCUCCUCUCAUGAGAACAAUUGAGGAACCAAUCAGUCUGUCCUGCAUGGUGUCUGGUUCACCAGAACCUUACAUGAGUUGGAUUUUGCCAGAUGGAAAUCUAGUAAGGCAGGGGUUAGCUGUGUCAGGUGGACUCACAAUAGAAUCAAAUGGGAGUCUCUCUCUGCCCAACCCCUCUCUGCUGGAUGCUGGUCAUUACCGCUGCAUUGCGGUCAACCAGUAUGGUAGCGACUCUCGGUCUGUGCAGCUGAUAUUAAAUUCACAACAAAUCCCUUCACUUAGGACUGCAUUUCCCAGAGGGCCGCAGUCAGCCUCUGGCCGGUCAACCAGGAUAAGAGCCCCAUUGUUAGGUCAGGUGGAUGAAGCAUCAGGGGACGGAGAAGAAGAGGAAGAAGGGAGGACUGUUGUUGGCAGUAGGAGGCGACCAAUAUCUCUUCAGCCAACUCCAAAUAGACGAUAUCCAAUAGGAAAUCCUCGAAGACGUGGUCCCAUGAGAGAAGGCCCCCCGAGAAGAGGUGGAGGGCCUGUUUCAUCCACUGACCAGAGAAGAAACCGCUUUCAGAACAGACAUAGAGUUUCUACAAACAAACAAAGGAUAGACCCUCAGAAGUGGGCUGAUCUGCUGGCUAAAAUACGUCAAAAGACCACUCACACUAAUAACAGUCAAUCCAUCACAACAGAAAAGCCCACAACUGAACCAGUACAAGGAGGCAAAGAUAAAGACAUAAGAGGACAUGAGGGAGAUGAAGAUGCAGACGGAGGUAGAGCUGAAGGAGCAGGGGCGGAAGCAGAAACUGAAGGGUCAUCUGUUGAUGAUACUGUUCUACAGGAGGAAGGGCUACAGCCCAUACAAACUGUUCAAUCAGAAACACAGACAAAAAUAGAGACAAAAACAGAUGUAAACACUGAGAUAGAGACAGGUACAGAAAAUUCUACAGAAGAACAAAUAGAAAUAGAGAAUGAAACAGAGACACGUAUGCAGACAGAGAAAGCAGGUCCACAAACAGAGACACCAACAAACCCAGUGACACAGAAAGAACCAGUUACAUAUAAUCCAAUGCCAGGAACAAAUGAUAUUGUUAAAGAACUAGCUGAAGGGGAUGAACAAGGAGCAAACCCCAGCCCCCCAAGAACCAGGCCUCACAAUCCUCGACAGGGAUUGUUUCCUAAUUUGGUUCUGAACUCCCGGCCUCAGAGUUCUUGGAACUCACGCAGGAAGAUUGGACAGCGAAGACGAAUCAUCAACAGGACCAGGGGACAACCUCUGACCCCACCCAAACCUCUUCCCGACCCUGCGAACCCAAGGUCACAGACUGCGACACCUGACACUACCACAGAUCGAACCAAUAUGUUGUUGCUGAUGUCAACAACCACGGCUCCAGCUAUUUUGUUGACGCCGAGUGACCAAAUUAAGACUGUUCCAAAUGUUGUGGUUCUAAAUCCCAUGUCCCCCCCUGUUUCUCGCACUCCUGGUAUCUCCACUUCAAAAUCUGCCUCGCCCUCACUGCCUCCCUCCCUUCCCCAUACAAACACAGACACACAUGCAGACAUGAUGACUCACUUAGACAAGAUAACAGACAGUGGAGAGUCCUCUCUUUUGAACACACCAGCACCCACUCACUCCGAUACUUUGAUUUCAGAAACACAUGUGCCAGACACACACGCUGGGACAUUUGCACAUGGCAGGCAGACACACACAGAAACACAAACAGUCUUAGACAAACAUGUUGCUAGACCCUCAAGCAAACACAAUGAAGAGCUAGAGAGGAAUUUCUUGGGUGUCCCUAAUGAGUCCCACUCUUCAACAACUCACUCCUCCAUUGUUUCCUCAGUCCCCAGAACAGACAAAACUGCUACUGCAAAAACCGUAACAACUCCUUCAGUGACUCCCAGGAGAGCUCAUUCUACUGGUUCUACUGGUAGCACAAAAAGUACGUCUACUACUACAGUUACUCCUAUGACUACCAGUCCCACUGUGUCUACAACUACAACCACUACCUAUACUAUUCCAACAUCUAGCACUACCAGACAUACUACAACUUCUCCUCCCUCUACUACCACUACUAGUCCUAGCACCACAACUCCUAUUCUUACAUCUACUACUCCGACUACUACUUCUACAACUGGAACCUCUACCACAAGUACCAAAGCUGAUACUAGCACUGCUGCUACUACUACUACUACUACUACUACUACUACUACUACUACUACUACUACUACUACUACUACUGCCACUGCUACUAGUACAAUCCCAUUUAAUGGCUUCCCCAGGACUCUUAACCUCACUUCUACCACGACUUCUCCUACACCUUCUAAAACUACUACUCCAGCUACUAGUACUACAAUUACUGUUUCAGCCAAAAUUCCUACAACUACAACAAAGGCAGCUACACCUAGUACACUGUCCGGUACUACCACAACAAUGAUGUCAACAAUUACCAAAGCAUCAUCAAGGGAAAGGCCAAGCGUUGUCCAAGUUGACCCCAAAGGGAGGUUUGGUUCUGGGGUUCCAAGUGAGAAUCGUCCCUCUACUAACUGGAAGAACCCUGGAGCUAAUUCUAUUCCAGAUUCACACAGCAGCAGGUCCCAGUGGUCUCCUUCUCCUUCACUCCCUGCCGUGCCUGUGGCUCCAGUAUUGAGAUCCAGACCAAAGAUUGCAGACCCACACAUCAGGACAGUGUCUUUCCCAGCAGAGAGCACUGCCAGGCUGGAUUGUGAAGCAGAAGGAGAACCAAAACCGUCCAUCACAUGGACGAAAGUAGCCACAGGAGCGGUGAUGUCAAUCCACUCCAGGGCUCAGCGUUUUGAGGUCUUGCCAAAUGGCACCCUUGUUAUCCAGAAUGUUCAGCUGCAGGACAGGGGCACGUACAUCUGCAGUGCACACAGCUACCUGGGUCGUGACAGGUUGCUAGCUACCCUGGAAGUCUGGACCCGCCCCCCUCGUAUGCAGCUGGCUAGUUACAGAGAAGUCACGAUUCAUCAGGGUGGAGAAGUGCGUUUGGAGUGCCGAGCGGAUGGUGUUCCCGCCCCUCUGCUCUCUUGGGUUCUGCCCGAUCGCUCUGUCCUGACCUCUGCUGGCCCCUUCAGCCGCCGAAUCACCAUGGACACGAAUGGAACCCUUCAUAUCUCAGUGACUUUACCCAGCGACCGAGGAGUGUACCGCUGUGUGGCUUCCAACUCAGCAGGUGCUGCCAGUGCCUCUGUGCGUGUACACGUGUCCUCAUUGCCCCCGGUGAUACAGCAACCCAGAGAGGAACACCUGCUCUUGUCUCCAGGGAGGCCUGUUUAUGCUCACUGCUCUGCCCGAGGUGCUCCACCACCAACUUUGCGCUGGCGAAUCCCAGAUGGGACCCUUGUUCGUCCAUCCCAGUUUCUCCAUGGCAACCUCUUUGUCUUGCCCAACGGGACGCUGCAUAUUCGAAAAGUUGGGCUAAAGGAGUCAGGGAGUUAUGAGUGCACAGCAAGUAAUGCUGUGGGGGCCAGUAAGAGGACAGUGAAGGUAGAAAUUGAAGGGGCAGCGGGAGGAGAAAAAAGACAAGGAGUAGCUAUAAAUGAGGGGACGAAAGCAAUUACCACAGAAAAACCACCUCUUUUAGUCAAUCAAGACAAAACUUUGGCUAUCCCUGGCUACCCCUCAGGUCCAUUCAACUCCAAUAAAUAUUCUCCUCCAUCUGUUGCUGAGAGAUCCAGGACCUUGUCGCUCAUGCCAAACUCUUCUCACUCCUCAUCUUACCCUCACCAACCCAGUUCCUCUAACUCAUCUCCUAAAAUCCAUAAAACAGUCACUGCCUCCCCCACACACUUCACCAACAUCAGAAAAAAGGAUCCGUCCUCUCCUUCCCUGACCUCCACUGUGGCAACAAACAACACCAGAGUUAUUUCUUCUUUCCCCACUGACAGAAGAGCUCCAGCUGUUCUGCAUCCCUCGCCUGUUUCUCCUUUCAGUAAAGCCCGCAUUGUCUCCACAUCACCCUCCGAUUCUACUGUCCACUAUGGGGGGAUUUUGCAGCUUCAUUGCACUGUAACUGGAAACCCAGCUCCUAUCAUUAUCUGGAGGACCCCCAACAGAAAGCUGGUGGACAUGCACUUCAGUUUUGACCGACGUCUGAAGGUGCAUCCAAAUGGCACCCUGCUGGUCCAGGCGGUAACAGAGAAGGAUGCUGGAGACUACCUAUGCAUUGCACGAAACAAAGUCGCAGAUGAUUAUCGCCUCCUGCACAUCUCUGUGGCUACCAAACCUGCCAAGAUUGAUCCAAAACAACCCCUCAAUCAGAUGGUGUCUUUUGGUAAACCACUGAAGGUGGACUGCCAAGCAUCAGGACUGCCUGACCCAGCUGUUCGCUGGAGCUUGCCAGAUGGAACCAUGGUGAACAGUGUGCUGCAUGGGGAAGACAGAGGAGGGCGAGCACGACGACUGACUGUGUUUGACAAUGGGACAUUACUGGUUCCAGCAGUGGGUUUGGGAGAAGAGGGGGAGUAUACAUGUUACGCUGAGAAUCAAGGAGGUCAAGACACCAUGAAGGUAAAAGUAAAGGUCAUGAGGACAUCUCCACCAGCCUUUACCAACGACAGAAGCUACCAUGUCAUUAAGGUACGUCAGGGAGCGACUGCCACCGUUCCCUGCCGGGCCACAGGCGAUCCUACCCCCACGGUGACGUGGUUUUCCCCAGCAAGCCGUGUAAUCCCACAAAGCAUAGGAUCUGGUUAUUACUCUGAGCGGGUUGUUGUGGUCUCAGGUGGAACUUUGGAGGUGCGUAUGGCUCAAAAGAUAGACACAGGAAACUAUACAUGCCGAGCAAGCAACUCAGCAGGGGGAAAGAGCAUGGUGGUGGGCCUGGAGGUGGAGGCCUCUACAUAUGGACAGAGGGGUUGGGGUAUUAAUAGUGGUAGCAGUCAUGGCAGUAGAUCAGGAGACAACAUUAAUAAUGGGGGGAUAAUCCAGCCAGGAUUUACCAGUGGAAUCACAAACAAGCUCAGUAGCAAUAACAGCAGCCACCAUAGUGAUAAUAGUGGCAGGAUAAGAAACAUUUUACCAAACACUAACUUAGCAAUCAGUGGCUCUAAUCCUGCCCCUAGGAGUGAAAGUGGAUUUAACAGGCCUGUCAGUGGAAUCACAACACAGCUUGGUAGCAGUGUAAUCAGUGUUGGGGUGAGUGGGGAAAGAAAUGUAGGCAUUAAAGCAGAUAAAACUGUAAUAGAUAGAAAUGCACCUGGCAUUAUGAGUAGUAGUAAUAGUGUGGGUAACAGUCAGAGCACAGGUAGAGGAGAGAGUGUUGAAAGGAAUCCUGGGACUAAUAAUAAUGAAGUCAUUGCAGGAAAGGCUAGUAAUCAUGCUAACGCCGGUAGAGACUAUAGCAGGUUAAGUGGUAUUUCAAGAGACGUUGGCGGCUUCAGUAGCAGCGUGUCUAAUAAUGGAGCUGCUACAAGCACACUCAGAGGAAAUGGUUUUAGUAGGAGUAGUAAUCUAGAAGAAAACAGAAGAAACAGUGGUGGCUCAAGCAGUAGUACAAGUGCUAAAAACUUUAAUAACUCUGUUGUGGGUGUGGUAACGACGGUGAAGCAACGAGCAGUUAAAGGCCAAACAGUUCUUUUGCCAUGCCCCUCCCAAGGGUCCCCUCCUCCCCGACUGGCCUGGUUUCUGCCCGGUAACGGCAUGUUGCCAGCUCCUUACUAUGGCAGCCGACUCACUGUGCAUCGAAACGGCUCCUUGGAGCUGCAGGGCGUCCGGGCGAGUGAUGGCGGGACUUUGAUUUGCGUAGUGAGAAGUGAGAGUGGAGAGAUGACUAUUCGGGUGGAGCUGCAGGUGUCAGAGUCACAGGAGGAGGCCAGGUCUCCACAGAGAGGACCAACGGCGGAAAGACCUGCUGGUUUAAUUGAGGUGCCUCAACUGAAUUCAGCUCCAUCUUUGAACUCAGGGCCAGCGCCACCUGUGGUGCCUCAUCCAAGAAUCCAAGCUACUCAGAAGCCUCAACAGAGGGGCUUGAGUUUGCCUGCAGCACCUCACCCAGUUGGUCCUCCACCCUUCACUGGUCCUGCCUCAGAGCCAACAGUAACCACCAGGACAGCCCCACUGGUGAGCAUCAUUAAUGGAGAGACCCUUCGCCUGCCGUGCCCUCAACCCCCCGGACACUUAAAGGGCUCUCUCUCCUGGACCAUGCCCAGCGGCAAGGUUCUGUCCAGGGGUGAGAGUGGUGACUCAGGACGUUACUCAGUACAAGAAGACGGAACACUAACAGUCCAUCAGGCCUCCGUGUUCGACCGAGGCACCUACACCUGCAGAUCGACCAGUUACGACUCCUCCUUGGUUUCAGUCGCCACAGUUCCUGUCAUUGUCAUCGCCUACCCUCCACGCAUCACAACAGGCCCCUCCCCGGUGACCUACACGCGCCCCGGGGUUGCUGUGGAGCUGCCCUGCCUUACCAUAGCAACACCACGGGCGACAGUUACCUGGGAAACACCUGACCUGACGCAGUUGAGGGUGAUGGGUCAGCCUCGUAUCUAUGGAAACCGCUACCUUAAUCCUCAGGGUUCCUUGGUGAUACAGAACCCGACAGGGAGAGAUACAGGAUUUUACAGAUGCACCGCUAAAAAUGUAAUAGGAAUGGACACCAAGACAACCUACCUGCACGUUAUAUAAUGGGGUGAAGAAAACCUACACACACAAACAGACCCACAAAAACGUGCAGGAGAGACGAGGAAACUCCACCGAUACUUUUUUCAAGUGAAUGACUUUUGUUUCUAUAACACUAUGUGUCCCUCAUGCCCAAAGACACUGCAAAGCUCUGUGCUGAAUCUUAGAAAGAACUAAUAUACAGCGUAUGUCUCAUGUAUGUGUUUUUAAUGUCUGAUUUUGUUGUCAAUACUGUAUUUUUCUCUGCAGUUACGUUGUCUCACUUUUUUCUGCAUAAACAAACAAGUAUUACCAUUUGGGGAGGAUUGCUUAAUGCAGGUGGUGUUACACACUUAACCUGUUGUGUCUUGCUGUGUAUCUCACUGGCCUACAAUCUAUUUUGAAAUGGUGCUAAUUUCGUGCUUGCAGCAAAAGGUGCAAAUGGCCACAUUUGUGCCCAUGGAUUUUAAUUUUCAACACAACUGGAUUUGCUUUCCUGGAUGGUGCUGAAAAAACUAAACCAAUAUCACAACAAUCUAAAAGUAUGACUUCUAUGUAAGUAUUUAUGUAUAAAACAUGGAGACUUCUAAGAUUUGAACCCUUAUUUGAAGGAUUUAAUGAUCAUUCUUCCUCGCUGCACAGUUUUAGCAUGGCUUUAACACAAUCAAAACCUAACCAUGGUGCUUUACCGUACUUUAUUACUCUACUAGACAUUUUACACCUAGAAUUAUGGUGUAAUGUGCAAUACUGUAUGUAGCAGCGUAACUGAAUUAUACAGACACCACACAGCCUCACACAAUGAGAACGUCUGCAGCCACAUAUGUAUACAGUGUGAUGUCACCUAAUAUAAUUCUGCUUAAUCUGAUGCAGAUAAUCAUAAAAUAUUAUGUUUUCUCUCAAAUGUUCCAAAUUAGAGCAAAAAUACACUCGGAUUUAAAAUGUCAUCUUGACAUUUACCUUACUUGCUUAUUUUUCCUGGCUAAAUACAUAUUAUUAAAUGUUGUCUUUGUUGCUGCAGUGCAUAUGCAGCAAACAUUUAAUCCUUGACAGACAUGAUGAUGGACUUCAGUAUUAUAAUCCACCCAAACACCAGCCUCUUCAGGAUUUUCCUCAUCUUGUGACUUGCUUGUGAGUUCCAAACCUGAAAAUAUUGUGCCACUGACUGUAUCUCACAUUCUCACUGCAUUAAUGAGGCAAGGCACAAAGCAUCCAUGUUAACACAGCAAUAUUUAGAAGAGUGAUUUUCACAAUUAUUUUAACAUUAAAGAUUGUAUAAAUGUGUUUGUGUGUUUCAAGAGCCUAAGCUUGUGCACAAAGCUAGCAGUUCGUAGUUAUAUACCUUUAUCUGUUCUUUAUCGUUUUCAUUGUGUCCUUAAAUUAUUUGUCUUGUAAAGAAACCAUUUUUUUGUCAUAAAGGGAGAAAUUCUUAAAUAUUAAUAUGUAUGAUGUCCUAAUA